AAAUUUCACAAUGUUGGCGGAAAAAGUCGAGGCAUUGGAAGGCAGCGAGGCCCCCCGCCCGCAGUAUCGUUCUUUCAUCCCGCCUUGAAGGACGUGCGUCGGCGAGUGUUGUAUCAAUGGGGCCGAACAGUAUUUAUCCUUUGCGUUUUUAUAUUUUGCGUGUUGUGCCUGUUCUGGGGGUCUCAAUAUGCCACCGAAGACAAGUACUCGUCACUGAAAGUAUGGGUCGUCGACUUUGACGGACAGACGGAUGCAUACCAAACGAACGACACGAUCGUCGGGCCCGUCGUCACCAAUGCGACCAAGGACUAUAUGGCAUCGUCUGGAGUGCACCUAGGCUACGAGAUCAAAUCGCCUAGCGAAUUCAACAAUGAUCCCUGGGAGGUCCGACAAGCCGUCUAUGACGAGCAUGCGUACGCCGCCAUCAUCAUCAACCCAAACGCCACAACCCUACUCCGAGCCGCCGUCUCGGCGCAAAACACCAGCUAUGACCCAACCGGAGCCAUCGAGUCUGUGAUAAUCUCUGCCCGCGAUGAGAACACCUACUACACCUAUGUCCUUCCGGACCUCACCGUACUGCACGGUAUCGUCGCCGCGCAAUUCGGCCCAGUGUGGGUCCAGGAGCUUAGAGAUACCUACUCCACGGAGACCCUAUCCUCCGCGCCUCCACAGGCCAUCAACCCCGGCAUUGGGGUUACCCACAUCGACCUACGGCCCUUUGCACCGGCUGUCGCCGCGCCCGCGGUCACCAUCGGCCUGAUCUACUUGAUCAUCAUUGCCUUCUUUAACUUCCCAUUCCUGAUGCCAAUUCAUGCCCAGUUUGUGAAACCUGAGGGCGGCCGACCGACACUGAAGAUCCCGCAAUGGCUGUUGUGGCGUAUCUUCUCUAACAUCGCAGCGUACUUCUUUCUCUCGUUUUUCUAUUCGCUCGUGUCGCUGGCGUUCCAGAUCCCCUUCAGCAAUGACCCGGCCCCGGACACGCAGCCCGCGAAUAAUCCCAAUGCGUACGGCCGCGGCUCUUUCGUGGUCUUCUGGAUGCUUAACUGGGUUGGGAUGACAGCGCUUGGGUUCCCGUGCGAGAACAUGGGCAUGAUCCUCGGGUUCCCUUGGAGCGCGUUCUUCUUAAUCUUCUGGGUGAUCACUAACGUGGCGACGGGCUUCUAUGCUCUGGACAUUGCUCCCAACUUCUACAGGUGGGGAUAUGCAUGGCCGCUGCAUCGGAUUGUCGAGGCUCUGCGGACCAUUCUGUUCGGAACACACUCCCGGAUUGGCCUGGACUUUGGCGUUCUCUUUAUCUGGAUUGCCGUGUCACUGGCGUUUUUCCCCGUCGCUGCGUUUAUCCUGCGAUGGAAGAUGAAGCGCGGACUGGCGUAG